AUGUGGAAAUUAUUAUUCCAUCUAAUUGGAGCUAUACAGUUUUCGUAUGGCUGCUAUUAUGACUUCAUGUAUGUGAGGAUACCAAGCACUUCUACUGCUGUAACUCCCUAUGGUGGGAAGUUGAAAUAUUUAACUUAUUUAAAUGCUAUGCUCCAAACAGCAUAUUUCACUGUGGCACUAUUAAAUGAUAUAAUAGGAACAGAUGAACCUAUGCCGGCCAAUAAACCUUUUAUAAGGCGAAUGAAGGAUGCUAUUUUCAGUGCCUUAGCAUUUCCAUUAUCUAUGUUUGUAGGUAUUACCUUCUGGGGUAUUUAUGCUGUUGACAGAGAACUGAUUUUACCAAAAGCGAUUGAUGCUUAUUUCCCACUGUGGUUAAACCAUGUUAUGCAUUCCAAUAUUGUUGUGUUUGUGUUAAUUGAACUUGUUUCUACAUUCAGAAUGUAUCCUAAGAGGAAAGUAGGACUGUCUAUACUUACACUUUUCAUGUUAGGAUAUGCUAUUUGGAUUCAUACUAUCUAUUUUAAGACCGGGAGCUGGGUCUACCCAGUGCUAUCUGUAAUUAAUUGGCCUGUUAGAGUACUUUUCUACAUCUUCAGUCUUGGAUUUGCUUGGUCACUGUAUUCAGUUGGUGAAACCUUGAAUACGGCUGUUUGGUCAAAGGAAGUAGAAUCCACUGUUAGGUCUGGUAAGAAGAAGGCCAAAUAA